ACCGUCUGCAUCCGAAACAAUCGCCAGUCGCAAGCCCGACGCUGUACCCGCCACGUGCUUUACAAAUUUAAAAUCCAUCCAACAAAACUGGCUGAUAAAAAAAAAAAGAAGAAAUUUCCCACCCGCUAUUAAAAGCUCGUUCGAUGGCCCCUCCAUUCCCACUCUCCGCUACCGCCGAAUAACCGAAUUAAAAAUACCUUUUCAAAUAAAAUCAUCGUCGUUAUCAACGUCAUUACAAUUAAUAAUAAAUAAAUUUCUCGCACAGUACAUCGUAACACGUGGACGCGUUAUUACAUUGCCCGUAUGCAUAUGCAUGUAUACGUACGUAAAAAUAAAAAGAAGUUCAUAAAUGAAACUAACUGAUUUAAUGACUGGCCGAUUAUUUAAAAUCGUCAAAAAUUUUUUCCAACAAAAAUAAAACCGAAGAGACUCUUUUCGAAGUGCGGAUAGUUUGAACGUUUCGCGAUUGAAAAAAAAAAAAAUGAAGAAAUAAGUUAAUUGAUUUACGAGAGACUUUACGCGAACUAUGUGAUAUCGGAUUAAAUGUAAAAAAAAUACAAGGAAACGCGAGAUCAAAAUUAAAAGAAAUUUCAAAAAGAGACGGAAGGAAAGAGGAAAAUUCGCAAUCUGUAGCAGACGAGGCGCGCGUUUGCUGAUAAAACGUGUAGAGAGAACCGAGGGAGAAGAGACGAGAAGACGCUGCAAGAUAUUCUCAGUUCUUUGUGAACAGUGUUUAGAAGAAGUAGAUUGAACAAGGUUGAAAUAAAAAUUAGAUCAAAAUUUGACAUUUGUACAACGAAACGUACAACGAUCCGUCGUAAUUAUAACUACUGUCUGCAAAUAUUUCGAAUAAUAAAAAGGAAAAACAGAAAAAAUAAAAAAAUUAUUCACCUUGCUUCACCGAUAGAACAAAUUAUAGUUAAAAAUAAAACACGGUUCACAUAAAAUCGUUCACGCAUACGAAUAGAUAACUGUAUAGAGAACAGAGAGAGAGAGAGAGAGAGAGUGACCGAAAUAAUAAUUUACUCGGUGACAUAAAAUUCGCGUCGCUCUGUAAUUUUUAACUUGAUCUUAUUUUUUUUUUUAUUGUAUUCACUAACGGGUGUGUUUCUUGAAUUUUGGGAGGGGAAUGAAAAACCGAGUGAGUCGGGCAAUCGUUUCUUAGAAAUUUUUGUGGACAGGGUGCGGAUGUUUGACGUGUAACGUGUAAGUCAAGGGUAAUUGUGGAAUACGAUCGUUUCCCCUCGAAUUUUCGUUGCUAAUUUCAACCUCGAGUUGGUUAAACAAUAAUUGAAAACAAUCCACGAUUCGUCGAGUUCAUUAAAAGUUGGUUGAUUAAGUUACUCGGAAAAUAUUCGUCGGAUUAAACGAACGUCACCACCUUUUCUAUGGACGCGUAAUCGAAAACUUGACUUUCGAGCAGCGUUCGCCAAGUGUGCACGUUUCUGCUCCAUGUGCGAGUAGGAUUUCUACCGAAAAACCCCUUAGACCGAAUUACCGAAUUAAUGUACGGAUAUAUACGUGAACACGAAUACGAAUACACGUGAAAUAAAUCGACGUUGGUCCUUGCACAUGCGGUACCAUAACGCGAAUACAACCGCGUCGCUCUACGCUGUUUCUGACAGCUUUUCAAAACUCAUUUCGUACAUACCGACAACUUCGAUUCAAACCGUUCGUGAGAAUAAAACUGGGGAAUGUUUUAAAAAUGUUGCAUAGUUUCAGCACUUUGGUGGUCAUCUCCGCGGCACUGACUACAGUCCAGAAUCAGGGAUUCGCGGAUCUGUACGGAGACAACAAAAACGAUUUGGAAUGGGACCUUCUGGAUGCUAUGCCGAUUCCAUCAUCGUCCGAAAGAUACCUUUACUACGAUAUUGGAUUGGACGGAUUUCCGGUAUACGGAUUUCGUCCGGGAGCAGAUGUCAAAAAACCCUACAGACUUCAUCUGCCGGAAAAAUUACCGGCUGAAUUUACCGUCGUAGCUAAUUUUAAAACGCUAUCGACAGGACCCAGCUACUUAUUCGCUGUACUCAACUCGUACGAUACCGUAGUACAACUCGGUCUAAGAAUAUCGGAUGGUCCAGGAACGAAUCAGAACAUAACACUUUUGUACACGAAUUCGGAUCUGCAUUCGCUUUCGGACGAGGUGGCAACUUUCACGGUAAAUCGUUUGGUCAAGAAAUGGGCUGAAGUUAUAUUAAAAGUAACGACGACCGAUAUCACACUCUAUUUCAAUUGUCACGAGUUUGGAAAGCAAAGAGUCACCAGAAUUCCAAGCGAACUCGUAUUCGACACCGCCAGUAAACUCUACAUCGGACAAGCCGGUCCGAACAUUCAGGGAAAUUUUAACGGGACACUUCAAACGCUUAAAAUUUAUUCAGGACACCCUCAGGAUCUGGUGAGAUGCGAUAGCGACAUUGCCAGUUUUGGAGAAUUUUCAGGUUCUGGUUCAGGGGACGACGAAUACGACCCAAUAGAUCGGCUAUUCAUAGUGGACGAUGAGGAUGAAGGUGCCGAGGUUAAACCACCCCCACCUUUUAUCGCACCACCCCCACCAAAUCCCGAGUCCAAAGGAUUGAAGGGAGAAAAAGGCGACAAGGGAGAGAAAGGAGAAAGUAUUCAAGGACCUCCGGGAUCGCCUGGACCGCCUGGACCGCCAGGAAUAUCUGGAACCAUCCUGGAGAAUCCAGAUGGGGGGAAAGCGGGUCCUCCGGGUCCACAGGGACCAAAAGGGGACACAGGUACGUGUUCUUGUAACACAUCGGCUCUAAUGUCCUCCUUCACGAUGCCGAAAAUGAUCCAGGGAGAAAAGGGAGAACCUGGUAUACCGGGGAGCGAAGGGAAACAAGGUCAAAUGGGAUUAACGGGUGCAGCUGGACCUCCUGGUGAGCGAGGUCAACAGGGGGCGGUGGGUCCGAAGGGCAAUACAGGUAACGUCGGAGCUCAAGGUCCGGAAGGGCCACAGGGUCAAAAAGGAGAACCCGGCAGGGACGGUGUUCCCGGAGAAAAAGGGGCCGAAGGUCCACCCGGUCCUCCUGGGAAGGGUGAAAUUUCCGGAUACGAUCCUAGUUGGAAACCAAGAAGUAUAAUCUACAGGACGGAGGGAAUAACGAUGCGUCCUGGACUUCCGGGGCAAAAAGGUGAUCCUGGUACUCCUGGUAGUUCCGGUCCUAAAGGAGAGCCAGGAGUUACAGGAGUGAAGGGAUCAAAAGGAGAACUCGGUCAGAAGGGUGUAAAGGGUGACAACGGUAAAGACGGUGCUGUAGGGGUUCAAGGAUUUAAAGGUGAGCCUGGGGCUCCCGGAGCUGCCGGACUUCCAGGUGCUCCAGGGGAAAACGCUAGACCAGCCGAGAAAGGUAGUAAAGGAGAUGCUGGACCGGAAGGGAAAAUGGGACCGGCAGGACCCCCCGGGCCCCCCGGACCGAAGUCGGAAGGAGGAAUCAAUGUUGGGGAAAUAGGUCCAGGUGAAAAAGGCGACAAGGGAGACAAGGGCGAUUUGGGUUAUAAGGGCGAUCUGGGUCUGAAGGGUGAAAAAGGUGAUACCGGAGAUUCGGGACCAGCGGGAAUUCCAGGCGUCAACGGGAUCCAGGGUCCUCAAGGCAACAAGGGAGAGCCCGGAAGAGACGGGACUCCAGGUGCCAGCGGAACAUCGGGAAUGAAGGGAGAAAGAGGAGAGCAAGGACCUCCAGGAGUCACCGCCAUUGCUGGGCCAGGAGAUUACGUUACAAUUAAGGGAGAAAAAGGAGCUGAGGGAAAAAGAGGGAGGAGAGGGAGACCGGGAGCUCCGGGACCCGUCGGACCACCGGGAAAAAGUGGAAUCAACGGGGAAAUCGGACUUCCAGGAUUCAUGAAUGGAAAGGGUCGACCCGGACAACCAGGAGUCCCUGGAAAUCCAGGAGCAACGGGAGAAAAAGGAAACAAGGGAGAUCCGGGCGCACCGAGUCCUUACGGACUUUCAGUUGGGGUUAAAGGAGAUAAAGGCGAUCCAGGGUUCCCCGGAAUUCCUGGAACACCGGGUCGCGAUGGGCAGCGAGGUCAUCCGGGACCGCCUGGUCCGGCUGGUCCAGCUUCUCAAGGGAAAUUCAUUCCGGUUCCUGGACCGCCAGGACCUCCUGGGCCCCCAGGAUCACCAGGAUUAUCUUUGAUCGGUCAAAAAGGAGAACCCGGAAUCGGGAGAAGCCAUAUUUUCAUGGAAAGAGGGGACGGUUAUUACGGCUCUAGACAAGGACCAAGAAGCAGUUUAGAUGAAUUAAAAGCUCUCAGAGAGUUGAAACAGCUGAAGGAACUCAAAGAGCAUUACGGAUCGGGAACUAUCGCUACCAGAGGUCCUGCUUCAGAAAGUACAACAAAAAUUGUCCCCGGAGCGGUGACGUUCCAAAACACCGACGCAAUGACAAAAAUGUCGGCUGUCAGUCAAGUUGGAACUUUGGCUUACAUAAUAGACGAAGAAGCGUUGCUAGUGAGGGUGAAUAACGGAUGGCAAUACAUCGCUCUGGGCUCUCUGCUCCCCAUAACAACUCCGGCUCCACCGACCACAGCACCACCCCCGGUGAAGGCACCGUUCGAAGCGUCGAAUCUGAUAAAUCAAAUUCCUUUAAAAACUGACGGGACAGGAUGGUACCCGAAAAUGCUGCGAAUGGCUGCACUCAACGAACCUUACACGGGAGAUAUGCAUGGCGUUAGGGGUGCGGAUUACGCCUGUUAUCGCCAAUCGAAACGUGCAGGUCUAACGGGAACUUUCAGAGCAUUUUUGAGCUCAAGGGUACAAAAUGUCGACAGCAUCGUCAGAUUUGCGGAUCGAGAUCUGCCGAUAGUCAAUAUUAAGGGUGACGUGCUGUUCAAUUCAUGGAAAGAAAUGUUCAACGGUGACGGUGCCUACUUUUCUCAAAGCCCAAGAAUCUACAGUUUUAACGGGAAAAAUAUCUUAACGGAUGAUUUCUCCUGGCCGGAGAAAGUAGCGUGGCACGGUUCUCACAAAUUAGGUGAUAGAGCAAUGGACACUUACUGCGACGCGUGGCAUUCCAGUAGUUCUGAUCGUUUUGGAUUGGGUUCGCCGUUGAACGGAGAACGUUUGUUGGAACAAGUCCGAUAUUCCUGCGAUAACAAAUUCGCUCUACUCUGCAUAGAAGUAACGAGUCAGACGACGAGGCGUCGUAGAGAGACCGAUGAGGAUUAUCAAGAAAAUCAUCAGCUCAUCGAAAAUCUGGAACUGAACGAAGAAGACUAUAGAAAACAUUUGGAAGAACUGAUGGAUGAUUAAUUGAUAAAAAAAAGGUCAUAAUUAGAUCAAUCGAAAACGGAAGGGGUUCACGGUCGAGAAAAUAAAUCACUCAUCGUAAAAUAUUUAAAAAAAUCGGCUUAAUUUCGGUCAAGAAAAAAAAAAAAAAAAAAAUUUCACAUUUCUUCUUAUAUUUUACACGUUGAGAAUGAACUUGACCUACCGCUAAUAUAAGCUCAAUCGUAAUUCCAACGAGCCGAAUAAUCGUAGAUCUUCUACUUGA